CGCGGUAAAAGAUGUCAUGACGCGCACUGAUUAAUACAGUCCGAUUCUUUUUCUUUAUCCGUUUAUCGUGUUCAUAAGUAAUUAAAUGAAUGCAAAGAUGAGUCGAAUGAGGAAAACGUUGAAAGCUGUUCAGCAGGAGCUGAAAAGUGCAAAAGAGACCAAUGGUGUUGUGGAGUCUCCGCAGGCCCUGGACAUCUCAUCCAUUGAGAGAGCCAGUUUCUUUCAGGGAGAUCAGUAUUCUGCUCACGGCAACCCUCUGCACAGCACAGCACUGGAGGAAGAUCUCAGUCCUGGAGCAGAACAGAGACAGAGGUCCGUCCCAGCAAAGACUGGCCGACAGCGUGUAGUGGAGACUCCGAAGACAGUAGGUCAUUCUGGAGUUACACACAAUAAGGAAAAAGCCAGAAACAUUCCUAAAGCUUUGAAGAAAACCGCUGCAAUCAAGGAGAACCACAAACCAUCUCAGCCGACAAAUCAAGGAGCAAAAUCCACAGUAAGAAAUGUUAAAGGCAGGCCUCUGCCAACCAUAUCAGAGGACAGAGAGGAUGCAAACAAGAAAAAAACAUCAGUCUCUGCGAUAGUCGUGUCCAAGAAAGCAGGUAAAGGGCAGAGGUCAGCAGAAGACACCCCAGAAGAGACCCACAGACAGCAGAGUUCAUCAUCCUCAGAGGAGCUGACAGACGAGGAUGAGAGCUUUCGUCCAAGCAAGGAGAAAUCUAAAGGUGUGAAGCGGAAACUGCAGUCAACAUCCAGUCAACAGCAGAGUGGACACAAACAGAAAAGGAAGUCUUUAUCUGAAUCAUCAGAGAGAGCUGGACCCUCUAAAAUCCCCAGAGAUUUGAGAAAUCCAACUGAUCUUGAUGUGGUGCUUGAUGCAUUCCAAGACUUUGUUACCCAGUACAAGCAGUCUGUAAACUCUGACGCAGUCAAACGCACCAUCGAUGCUUUCAGUCGCUCAUUUGAGGAACAGCUCUCAGAGAUGAUCACUGCAACAAAGGAACUCAAGAAUCUGAAAAGAGAGAAUGCCAAGCUCAACAGUGCUAUUAAUCGGAAGAGGACCAGACUUGUGGAAGCCAAUAAUGAAGUUAUUAAGGGAAAGAUGCAGCUGAGGACUCUUCAGAAGGAUCAUGAUGAGCUGGAACAGAGACUCAAAGCUUUCAGAGAAGGGACCUCCUUCCUCACCAACCUGCAGGAACUCAACAGGAAGUACCUGAAGCACCGCACGGCUCAUCCAAAUGAGGUGGAAACGUAUGGCCCAUCCUGCAUGGCUGCCAUGUUGCUGGAAUCCCGGUGCAUCAUGGGAACAGAGCACCAGCUAAAGACUAUCAAUGACCAACUACAGCAGGUCUUAGAUAUAGCACAAAAUUAAUCGUCAUCUACACAUUCAGCUCAUCAAACAGAUUUAAAUAAAUGUUACAGCUUGUCACACUGUGACAGGUGGAUUUAUUCUAUAUUAACUAUUGUACAUUAAAAUUCUUUAUUACUGUGGGGAUGUUUUGAAGAGUUCUUAUUAUCAUGGCUUGUUUAAAUGUGAAAAUGCAUUUGAACUGCUGAGUCAUGUCAGCUUGAUCACACUGGAAGUCGGCAUGUUGUUUCCAACACUUCCGUUACCCUAGGAUUGGCCACAUUAUGCCGACUCGCCGUCAAGCGUCACCUCCUAUCAGACAUGUUUUCAUCGGCUCCAGCAUGUUUACCUUCCCCUGUGGCGUGACCAGAAACACAUUAUGUCAGCAGCGUGGGAGUCACGGGUUCAGAUCCUACGCUGAAACCAGGAAGUAAUCGUGUUCGCAUAAUCGGAGAUGUGCGCGAUUUUGAUGUUGCAUUUUUUUCCCUGUAAUGUUACAUUUUUCCUCCACUGAUGGUUAGGUUUGGGUUGGGGAAUUCACUUUAUAAAAUAUGUAUUCCUCUUCACUGUAAUACAGCCUGUACAGCUUUGCACACAUUGCAGAACAAUGAACAAAGCAAAAUGAGGUUCCUUCUGGAAACAACAGCGAAACAUUCAACAUAGAGUAUAUCCAAGCAGACAUGACACAAAGUGAAUAUCUGCAUGGCAGUAAAUUGCAACCAUUCCAACAGUAAAUUACACAUAAUAAAUUGGACUAAAUAAAAGAGUAAUUUCACAAUAAGCCAGUAUGACAUGACACAAGUGGAUAAAUUAACUUUUCGGAUACCCGAUUCUAAUUGGCUGGAAUGUGUGCAUUAAAACCAUUUAAUGUACAGGUAGUUCCAGUCAGUUUUAAUCACCGUUCUAUAUUAAUGCACCUACUCUCCAACAGUUUAUGCCUCUGUUUAAACUAUCUCCGGACGUGAAAAUAGUGUAGCAAGUCUGAUGAGUCUCAGAGCCGAGAUUAACUGUCACAUCACAAAACACAACACCAAGUCAUGCAAUGCUGUCUUUAGUCAACUGUAAAGUGCUACAGGAAAAACAAAAACAGAAGAGACUCCAGUGUUCAUCAGCCCCAACCUGGAGAUAAUUAGGUAUGCACCAUCACUUUCCUCUUACACACCCAUCAGGCUUGUAAGAAAUGUAUGGCUUGACAUUCAGCUAUGUUUUGCAAUGAGGGGUAGAGAAGGAAAAAAUGACCUAUCAAAUGCAUCUUUCGCUGCCCAGCAAGACGAUUUGAAUUGUAAUAUGACAAACAUCAUCUAAUAUUAGUGUGCUGCUCAGCACCGGGCCCGCCCACAAGGGGGGAAAAAGGGAAGGCAUUGCAUGCGACAAAUACCGGUGCUCCAACAUAUGCUUCAUGUCCACUUUACCAAUUAUUUGUACAUCUUUUUAUUUAAUUCCAUUAAUUAAAUGUAAUAUUAUCACACUACUUUAUCUCGGUGUCUGAUUUAGAAUGGGCAGAACUCUAGAUCUAACAACCUGUAGAUAAAGUUAUCCGUUACUGUUAUUCCAAUCAAAAUCAUAGACAUCUGCAACUAAUCAAUGCUGGCAAGUGAAGUGACCAUGGUAUAAGUGGGAUAAUCCACAGCUAGGUGUACUAAACGCUUUUGAAUGCUUCGCGUUGGGUGGUUCUUCCUCUCCACGUCAUGCGUUAAAAUAGUUUUAACGCACACCUAGCUGUGAAUUAUACCUUACAUAGAAUAUGAAAUGCCUUAUUGUAACAUUACACCUAAUUAAUAUUCAUAAGCCAAGCUGAUAAAAUUGUCAGAUUAGUUUUUCAAAAUUAUAAUUUUUCAAGUGAUACAAGAUAAGUGUGGCUGCUGUGUGCAUUUUUCAUUUUCCUUUAUUUCUAACUAGGUUUUUUUUUUUUUUUUGAGCAAAUAGUUUUCCUAAAAAUGUACAGUAUGUCCUCAUGGGGACAGCAUCAUCCAAUCACUGUCAACCAUGUUAAAAUAAAAUUAUACAUAAAUUCUG